GGGUGGGCGAGCUGCGCUGCCGCCGAGCUCGUCUCGUCCAUAGAAAACGCCAUCGAUUUUUCGCCGGAUUUUCUCCUCCUCCUCCUCCUCCUCCUCUGCCUCCGUGCUUCAAGCAGACCCUGCUCUGCUUGGCCGCACAACAACAGUGACGCUGACGCGGCACGUCCGUAGCGUGGUUACCAUCCGCAAUCAUUGUUGGGAUCGCUGCUGCUGUCGUGCCGCGUCGGCGAACCAAUCCGCGCGGUGCUGCGCUUCUUCUGCGGCGUCUACAGGUUCGUUUUCUUCUCCUCGCUCUGCCCCCAAUUCGGCGUCGCGGGUUGAGAUACUGAGUUUUGGUGCUGCGGCAAUGGCGGAGGUGGGGGGAAGGGUGCGGGGGUUCCUGCGGAACCGGUGGCUGGUGUUCGUGGCGGCGAUGUGGAUGCAGGCGUUCGCCGGGGUGGGCUACCUGUUCGGGAGCAUCUCGCCGGUGAUCAAGAGCUCGCUGGGGUACAACCAGAGACAGUUGGCGAGCCUCGGAGUCGCCAAGGACCUCGGCGACAGCGUCGGCUUCCUCGCCGGUACGCUCUGCGCCGUGCUCCCACUCUGGGCAGCGGUCCUCGUCGGCGCCGCGCAGAACCUCGUCGGCUACGGCUGGGUCUGGCUCGCCGUCGCCCACCGCGCCCCCGUGCCCCCGCUCUGGGCGAUGUGCAUUCUUAUCUUUAUUGGUACUAAUGGUGAGACAUACUUCAAUACGGCUGCACUCGUCUCAUGUGUUCAGAACUUUCCCAAGAGCCGUGGACCGAUUGUUGGUAUUCUCAAGGGAUUUGCUGGUUUGAGUGGUGCAAUCCUAACACAAAUGUAUGCAAUGAUACAUUCACCUGAUCAUGCAGCAUUGAUCUUCAUGGUUGCUGUUGGUCCAACAAUGGUUGUUAUCGCUUUAAUGUUCAUUGUCAGACCAGUUGGAGGACACAGGCAAGUAAGGCCUUCUGAUGGUACAAGUUUCAUGUUUGUAUACAGUGUCUGCGUGCUUUUGGCUGCUUAUCUGAUGGGUGUGAUGAUAGUGGGGGACAUUGUCGACUUGAGCCACACAGUGAUGGUCUUGUUGACCAUCAUUCUAAUCUUCCUCUUGCUGGUUCCAAUAGUCAUCCCUGUGAUACUCAGUUUCUUCUCAGAUAACGAUGAGAGUGUCUAUGCAUCACUGGUGCAAUCACCUCGCAAAGAAGAAGCAAGCGCGUCAACACCAUCUGAAGAGCAAACUGAGGUUAUAUUCAGUGAGGUGGAAGACGAAAAGCCAAAGGAAGUAGAUCUACUUCCAGCCUCAGAGAGGCAAAAGAGGAUAGCUGAAUUGCAGACAAAGCUAUUCCAGGCAGCUGCAGUUGGCGCUGUCAGGGUCAAAAGGAGGAAAGGUCCACGAAGAGGAGAGGAUUUCACAUUGAUGCAGGCAUUGAUCAAGGCAGAUUUUUGGCUACUGUUUUUCUCCCUUCUGUUGGGAUCAGGAUCAGGUCUUACUGUAAUAGAUAAUCUUGGGCAAAUGAGCCAGUCACUGGGCUACGAGGAUAGUCACAUAUUUGUCUCCAUGAUUAGCAUCUGGAAUUUCCUUGGACGCAUUGGUGGGGGCUACUUUUCAGAGAUUAUUGUCAAGGACUAUGCAUAUCCAAGGGCCAUUGCGUUAGCGACAGCUCAAGUGUUCAUGGCAAUCGGGCACUUCUUCUUUGCAAUGGCUUGGCCAGGCGCAAUGUACACUGGCACGCUACUUGUUGGUCUUGGCUAUGGUGCCCACUGGGCAAUUGUGCCAGCUGCUGCCUCCGAACUGUUUGGCCUGAAAAACUUCGGAGCAUUGUACAAUUUCCUUACCGUCGCGAAUCCAGCAGGCUCCCUUGUAUUCUCAGGCAUUAUAGCCAGUGGCAUAUAUGACUCCGAAGCUGAGGAGCAGGCUCGCCAGCACCAGAACUCCACAUUGCUGGCAAUGCCUGGGAUACUGCUUGGCUUGGUUUCUGAUGCUGCCGAGCCAUUGAAGUGCGAGGGAGCCGUCUGCUUCUUCCUCUCGUCUCUGAUCAUGUCAGGGUUCUGUAUCGUCGCUGCUGUCUUGAGCUUGAUCCUGGUCCACCGGACGAAGAUUGUGUACACCAAUCUAUAUGGAAACCCCCGGACAUGAAUGCCAGUCAUCAGUCAACCAGAAGGAACAAAAGAUCCAUUGUUAUCAAUGGAUAUGCCUCGGAUUUUUUCCCAGUGCUGCUGAUUCUUUUGAGAGCAGAAGGGUGAAAAGUUUUGGGUCUUCCUUCUGUUUCCGAGAGCUAUGUUACAGUAUGAUAAAUUAUCAGCGGCUACUGAAAGAAUGCUACUUGUUCAGUAUCUUGAAGCAUCGACAUGUACGGUGAAAAUGUGUUUUUUUGUCUGAACUUCUGCCGUGUUCAGCUAUAAAAGUGCAUAUAUAUACCAUGUAUAAAUACCGAUUCUUUGUUUAAAGAGGAAAA